AUGGGUGCCGAGUUUCAAAGGACCAUGUCGCCCUCCUGCGGUAGCCGAGAGCCUGGAAUAGCGGUGUUGGUGGCGCUGUGCCUCCUGAGGUCGACCUCUCCUGCCGCCGGCGCGCACUACAUCCGUGGCUACGAGGGCGACGAGUGCUUGACCCCCCAAAGGGUGCGCGGGGUUUGCCUCGUCAUCGGGAAAUGCCCUUCCCUGUUGAACCUGGUCUCUCAGCGCCCAUCGCAGAAUAGAAUUAUCAUCUAUUCAGUGCGUGGAAAUCCAAAACCUCGCCUUCCUGAACACCCUCCGCUGCGGCUUCUCCGGCAGUGUGCCCAUCGUGUGCUGCACGGGACGCGUGUCGGGCCAGUCGACGACCGUCCAGCGGCUCCGCACACGCCGCCGACGUCCAGCAGCAGCUUCACGCGCCCGCCCACGCCACCCGCCCUCCUCCACGCGCCUCACGCCCGCGCCACGCCUACGCACCGCCCCGCGCCGCCCGCGCCGCCGGUACCGGGCGACGCGCCUCCGGACGUGAGCGCUCACCCCAACCUGAGGCUGCUGCCAGAGGACUACUGCAGCCCCCCGGGCAUUGACCGCAUCGUCGGGGGCAAUGUCACGGAUGUGUUCGCUUACCCCUGGAUCGCGCGCUUGGGAUACCUCUCC